UGGAAACUAGUGGCAUUUAUCCAAUUCAUCAGGGGUGAAUUUCGCAAUAAUGUUUAUUUAUUAUUUAUCUGGUACAAUACCACUGGGUUGUGCCAUACCACUUCACGUACUCCGUAGCCCAAAUUCAAGCCUCAAAAUACUACCAAAGUGGCACGUAAUCUUCUUCUUCGAUCACUAAGUCAUAACAUCAUUACUCGUAGUGCCAUACCCACCAAGCUGACAUUUUGCAACUCAGUCCAUUGGCCAGUAAUUUCGCAGUAACUCUCGCGAUGCCCCAAAACGUGCAACGCUCACUGACAUCGUAAACUACCAGAAACACUAUUCUAGACAUAGCCAUGGGCAAAUUAUUAGUCAACUCGCUAGGUUUAGGUACCGUGGGUAUCGCCUCAUACUUCUGGGGCCGGUCCUCAGCCCCAGCCACGACUGUCACCGCUGACAAGAUGGUUCCUGUGCCAGUAAACGGUGGACCAAAUGGCGUGUCAUCGUUUGAUCCAUCGACAAUCAGACCACAAGAUUUCUUUAAGUACGGGUUCCCAGGCCCUAUCCAUGACUUGGAAACCCGUCUGGAAUUCGUCAGCUGCUACGAUCGUUCGACACGUAACCCAUACUGGGUUGUGGAACAUGUUACUAAAGACUCGAUUAAGUCCAACAAGUCUGUGGACAGAAAGAACUCCGUGUUCAAGGAAGAUGAGGGAAUUCCAGCCAAGUUCAGAAGCAGAUUGAGAGACUACUUCCGUAGUGGGUACGACAGGGGCCACAACGCUCCCGCUGCCGAUGCCAAGUACACCCAGCAGGCCAUGAAUGAAACCUUCUACUUGAGCAAUAUCGCCCCUCAGGUGGGUGACGGGUUCAACAGAGACUACUGGGCCCACUUCGAGGACUUUGCAAGAAGAUUGACCCAGAAGUACGACAGUGUGCGUAUCAUGACUGGUCCAUUAUACUUACCCAAGAAAUGCGCUGACGAUAAGUACAGAGUGACCUACGAAGUCAUUGGAUCACCUCCAAACAUCGCUGUUCCUACCCACUUCUUCAAGUUGAUUGUGGGAGAGAAGAACGGCCAAGAGGACAUCAGUGUGGGUGCCUUCGUGUUACCCAACGACGUGAUCGACAAUUCGACUCCAUUGACCCAGUUCCAAGUUCCUGUGGAGGCCUUGGAAAGAUCGAGUGGGUUGGACUUGUUGGCUAAGGUGCCAUACUUUAGAAAGAAGGAUUUGUGCAGAGAAGUCAAGUGUGACAUUAUCGUGAGGGAGUUCCCAAAGAACCCACAACCACCAAAGGGCUUACCAUCGCCAAAGUGAUGGUUUGUAAAUAGCAUAGAUGAAGAAAUAGAGCUCAUCAAUAUUC